AUGGUGAACCAACGUCGGACCAACGGCGGCACAGGGUGGCUUUACUUUGUGCUGCUGGUGGCAAUAAGUCAACCCGGCGCAACGCAUACGUCGGACAGCGACGAAUGGUGGCAAAGGACCGUUUUCUAUCAAAUUUAUCCCCGCUCGUUCAUGGACUCGAACGGUGAUGGGGUAGGCGAUUUGCGCGGGAUUACGAGCCGCUUGGUACAUCUGAAGGAUGCCGGAAUUGGUGCGACCUGGCUAUCGCCCAUCUUCCUAUCGCCGAUGGUAGAUUUCGGGUACGACAUUACCGACUACACCGCCAUCCAGCCGGAGUACGGUACGAUGGAAGACUUCGAAGCAUUGCUGGCGGAAGCCGACCGACUCGGCAUCAAGAUUAUCCUUGAUUUUGUGCCGAAUCACACGAGCGACCAGUGCGAAUGGUUCCAGCGUUCGGUAGCCCGUGAAGCACCAUACACCGACUACUAUGUGUGGCACGAUGGUCGCGAGGAUCCAUCCGCUAGUAAUGGGACCCGUUUGCCACCAAACAACUGGCAAUCGGUUUUCUAUGGUUCGGCCUGGACGCUUCAUCCGGUACGUGGUCAGUACUAUUUGCAUCAGUUUACCGCUCAGCAACCGGAUCUGAACUUUCGCAAUCCGGCCGUGGUGGAGGAGAUGCGGGAUGUGUUGCGGUUCUGGCUGCGCAAGGGAGUCGCAGGCUUUCGCAUCGAUGCGGUAAAUCAUCUGUUCGAGGUGGAAGGCUUUCCGGACGAGCCGGAAACGGGCACCGACCGGGAUCCACUUUCGUACGGCUUUACGCACCACAUCUACACGAAGGACUUGCUCGAAGACUACGAUAUGGUGUACCAAUGGAGAGAACUGUUGGACGACUGGACUCGAGAGCACGGUGGAGACAGUCGUAUUAUUAUGACAGAAGCUUACGCAAACAUCACCUUCACCAUGAAGUACUAUCGGUCCGGUGAGGAACAUCAACCCCGGCAAGGAUCACACAUGCCCUUUAACUUUCUGCUCAUCACUGACCUCAAUCGGGACUCGAGCGCUCAAGAUUUUGUGUUUACGAUCAAUAAAUGGCUUACGUACAUGCCACGGGUGGGCGCCACAGCUAACUGGGUUCUAGGCAACCACGAUCAACCACGGGUCGGCACUAGGUAUGGGGCCGAACGGAUUGAUGCCAUCCAUACGCUACUUCUAACCCUUCCGGGCAUCGCAGUCACGUACUAUGGAGAGGAAAUUGGAAUGAUAGACAAUCCGGAUGCGAUCAGCGCAAACGGACAGGGUGAUUCUGCCGCCGGUGGUGCGGGUGAUGCAUUUAUUGUGUUUUCGCGCGAUCCGGAACGCACUCCAUUCCAGUGGGAUGAAACGGCGAAUGCAGGCUUCUCCACCGGUCCUACAACUUGGCUGCCAGUUCACCCAAACUACCGUCAACUGAAUCUGGCCGCGGAAAAGCGUGCCGACCGUAGCCAUUACAAAACCUACCAAGCGUUAGUACGCUUGCGAGCACACGAAACCUUCCGUAAAGGUUCGAUACAGCUUGUCCCUUACUCAAACACCAUCAUCGUGUACGUGCGUGAGCUGCAAGAUAGUGACACGUUUGUGGUGGUGAUCAACCUGGCCGGUGGUAUCGAUCGAACGGUCGAUUUGAGUUCAGUUUUUCCAAGACUUUCACCCGAACUAACCGUAGCAUCGAGCGGAUCCGCGUCCCGCUAUCGUGCCGGGGACAUCGUGCAAUCGGACAAGCUGGUCGUAGGUGAAUAUGAAGGACUCGUACUGCGAGGGCUGCCGUUGACGUCGAGGGUCGAUGAAAUUUCACUGUCAGAAGUAAAAUUUCGCAGUCCCGUGAUGGGACCAUUCCGACUAGUGGUUGUGAUUGGUAUCGUGCUGGAGGGUAUUUGUCUGGCAAGCGGGCAAUCCACCGUUAGCACUCACCCACGGCAGGACCUACCGACCGUCGGCAGCUGGUGGGAGUCGGCCGUGCUGUACCAACUGUUGCCCCGCUCCUUCCGCGACAGCGAUGGCGAUGGUAAUGGCGAUCUGCGUGGUUUGCUCGAACGGUUCGAUCACUUGAUCGAACUAGGCGUAACGGGUAUUUGCUUGGGACCGGUGUUCCGUUCGCCGAUGCGUGACGGUGGGUACGACGUUUCAGACUUUCGUGACAUUGAUCCCAUGUACGGAACGAUGACAGAUUUUGAGGAGCUGCUGGAACGGGCCAAAGCUGCCGGCAUGAAGGUGGUGCUCGAUUUUGUCCCGAACCAUACGAGCGAACAGCACGAGUGGUUCCAGAACAGUGUGCGUAAAAAUAAGGAGUACGAGGAUUAUUACAUCCUGCGAGAGGGAGCAAACCGGCAGGAGAACAAAGACAACGGGGCACCUCCAAACAACUGGCAAUCGUUGUAUCAUGGGCCGGCCUGGAGUCGUAAUGUACGCGGGACAGAGUUCUAUCUGCAUCAGUUCGGGUUGACCGAACCGGAUCUGAAUUAUCGUAACGCGAAGGUAAGGCAGGAGAUGGAAGACGUGAUGCGGUUUUGGCUGGAUCGGGGCGUCGAUGGAUUGCGGCUGUUGCAGGUCAAUCAUCUGUACGAGGAUGCACAAUUUCGCGACGAGCCUUUCAUCGAUCCGACCAAAGCUACCCUUAGCUACGAAAACUUGGAUCACAUUCACACACGUGACUUGUCUGAAAAUUACGUCCUUGUGUCCGAUUGGCGUAUCCUGUUUGACGAGUAUGGUUCAGCAGAAGUCGCUACCACCGCUGACAGCAAGCUCAUGAUAACGUCCGCCUAUACCGGUAGUGUUGAAAGCACAAUGAAAUGGUUCGGCAUGGCGAACCGGGUCGGUGCACACAUCGCUCAAAACUUUGGCCUGGUGCGAGGAGUUUCGAGCGAACUUCAGGCGGAAGACUUGCAGCGGGUAAUCGAUGGUUGGCUGAACACCCUGCCACCGAAUGGUGUUGGGAACUGGGUGCUGGGUAAUCAUGAUUAUCGUCGCGUUGCGUCCCGCUUUGGUCGGGAGCUGGCAGCCGGACUGGCGAUGCUUUGUUUCUCCCUGCCGGGGACAGUGUUUGUGUACUAUGGUGAAGAAAUCGGCAUGGAAGAUAACGAUGAGAUUACGUGGAAAGAAACGCAAGAUCCACUUGGUUGCAGCACGAACGGAUCCGUAUUUCAGCAACACUCGCGUGAUCCUGCCCGUACACCGUUCCAGUGGGAUGACAGCAAUGAAUGGGCAGGAUUUUCUUCGCCGUCCGCCGAAACGAAAAAGGACCCGUGGCUCCCGGUGAACGCGAACUACGCUUUAUUGAAUUUGGCCGUGGAAAAAUCAUCCAACCGGUCGAUGUAUAAUCUGUACCGCGAGCUGAUAAGAUGGCACCGGCAAUCUGUCACGCUUCGUUACGGUUCCUACCAAUCGUUCGUGUUACCGAACAAUGUGUUUGCGGUGUUGCGCUCGUUGCUUGGGGAGCAGGAGUACGCCACGGUGCUGAACGUAAACGCGCACGCUGUAACAUUCAACCUUAGCCGGGUGCAUAGAUAUGCGACACGGGCAAGAGUAGCGUUCACAUCUCCCGAAGGCACGUACGUGGUGGAUGAGUGUAUGAAGGAUGUUACGAACAUUGCACUAGGGGCACAUGAAACGGUUAUACUAGAGCUUUCGUCAGGUGCAACGUGGAUCAGCAGAACAGUGAGUUCGUCAAGGAUGCGGUUUGCAGUGAGUGCUCUGGUGCUAGUGGCCGUUGGUCUGUUGGCCACGGUCAGCGGCAAAUCGCCGACAAUUGUUACCGGCAAACAGAAUGCGGGCAUGGAUUGGUGGGAAUCGGGCGUGUUUUACCAGAUCUAUCCACGAUCGUUCAAAGACAGCGACGGUGAUGGGGUGGGUGAUCUGACCGGCAUUACGGAUAAGCUCGACCAUCUGGCUGACCUGGGUGUGACCGGUGUGUGGCUCAGUCCAGUGUUUAAAUCGCCGAUGGCAGACUUUGGUUACGAUAUUGCCGACUUUCGUAACGUUGAUCCGAUUUUUGGCACCAUGGCCGAUCUUGAUCGGAUGGUCGCGAAGGCGAAGCAACUCGGCAUCAAGGUGAUUCUUGACUUUGUACCGAACCAUACGAGCGACGAGCACGAGUGGUUCAUCAAGUCCGUAAACAACGAAGGAAACUACCGCGAUUACUAUGUGUGGCGCAAUGGUGUGGGCACAGGAACUCCGAACAAUUGGCAAUCCGUUUUCCAUACCCCUGCCUGGACACUGCUGCCCGGUCAAACGCAGUACUAUCUGCACCAGUUUGACAAGAAGCAGCCGGAUCUGAACUACCGCAACCCGCUGGUAAAGCAGGAGAUGGCUGAUAUGGUGAAGUUCUGGUUGGACAAGGGCAUCGAUGGGUUCCGUAUUGAUGCAAUCAACCAUGCGUACGAGGAUCCGGAGUUCCGCGAUGAACGACUGAUUGAUCCGAAUGGAGAGCUGAUUUGGGAAAACAUGGAUCAUGAAUACACCCAGAACCUGCCGGAAUGUUACGAUCUGAUCUACGAUUGGCGUGAUCUGUUCGACCAGUACAAGGCAGCCGAUAAUGUGACGCGGCUCAUGAUGACGGAGGCGUACGCCAACCUGGAACAGACGAUGCUGUGGUACGGCAAUGGAAACCGAAAGGGUGCCCACAUUCCGUUCAACUUUGCCAUGAUCAACCGCCUGUCGAAAGACUCGCGAGCGAACGACUUUAAGGAGAUUAUCGACGAGUGGCUGGAAGCUAUGCCGGCCGGUGCACAGGCCAACUGGGUACUGGGUAAUCACGAUCGUCCUCGCAUUGCAUCGCGUUAUGGCCGUGACCGUGCAUCAAGCUUGGCGGUGCUGGAAAUGACCCUGCCCGGCAUUGCCGUCGUGUACUACGGAGAGGAGAUCGGUAUGGAGGACAACCGUGACAUAACGUUCGAGGAAACGCAGGAUCCGCAGGCCGCCAACACGAACCCGGAAGUGUACCAGCAGUUCACGCGCGAUCCGGUCCGCACACCGUUCCAGUGGGACGCUACGGCAUACGCCGGAUUUACGGCUGCCACUGCGCAGAAAACUUGGCUACCGGUGCAUCCGAACUAUCGGGAGGUUAAUCUCGCCGCACAGAAGGCGGCCAACGAGAGCAUGUUCAAGCUGUACCAGAAGCUGAUCAAGCUGAGGCAAGAGCAUGCUUUUAUGCACGGCAGCUUUGAGUCGAAGGUGCUGCUGAACAACGUGCUUGGGUACACGCGCACGAUGGAUGGAGAGCAAUCGUACGCCGUAGUGGUCAACAUGAACGAUAACGAUGUGAACGUGAAUCUGCAGGAGCUGCACGAAGAUAUUGAAUCGGCGAAGGUAACGCUAACGUCACUGGAUGCCCGCAUGAAGGAGGGCGAAGAGGUGACGGAAGUGUUCCACAUCAUUCUGGGCCGUUACGAUGCGGUUGUGUUCGAAAUUGCAUCGUCUGCCGCGACGAUCGGCGCUUCGAUGAUCAUGCUGAUCAUGGCAACGAUCCUGCGAACGCUUUUCUAA